AUUAUUUUGACGUCGGAGAAGUGUCAAAGUCAGAAAGCACAUUUCCGCUUCCUUUCCGUAAAAACCGUAGCCAUGAAAGCCAAAGGAGAGUUGAAGGAGUAUGAAGUUAUCGGGCGCAAAUUGCCCACCGAAAAGGAGAAGAGUACUCCUUUGUAUAAAAUGAGAAUUUUCUCUCCAGACAAAAUUGUAGCGAAGUCCCGCUUUUGGUAUUUCUUGAGGCAACUUAGGAAGUUCAAGAAAACUACUGGAGAAAUUGUGUCAGUUAGACAAAUUCCAGAAAAAUCUCCCAUUAAAAUUAAGAACUUUGGUAUUUGGUUGAGGUAUGACUCCCGUUCUGGUACACACAACAUGUACAGGGAAUACCGUGACCUCAGUGUAUCAGGUGCAGUAACAGCUUGUUACAGGGAUAUGGGAGCUCGCCACAGAGCUAGAGCUCAUUCCAUUCAGAUUAUUAAAGUUGAAGAAGUAAAGGCCAGCAACACCAGAAGGCCACAAGUAAAACAAUUCCACGAUUCAAAGAUCAGUUUCCCAUUACCUAAACGUAUCCAACACAAAUCAAUGAACCGUUUCUCAGUCCGCAAACCCAGAACAUACUUUUUGUAAUAUGUUAUAUUGGUUAGUUGUGGAUAAAUAAAUUCGUUUAUAUAUAUUUAAGAUAU